AUGGCCGUCUUGUCCUUCACGCUAAGCGAAGAAGGCGUGUCUGCCUUUCGGGAUGCCCUCAUAUGUCUCAAUAAAUUCAGCGAUGAUGUGUCUCUGGAAGCCCGCAAGGAUUCGUUCGUCCUGACAACCUUGAACAACUCCAAGUCGGCGUAUGCGAGCUUCAAAUUCGCCACAACCAGAUUCUUCUCCAAAUACCAAUUUAUGCCCAUCGGCCAAUUUCGCGAUAGAUUCUAUUGCACGCUAUAUAUAAGGUCGCUCAUAUCUCUGUUCCGCAGCCGUUCAAGCUCAGAAAGUCAACGGGAUGCCGAGAAGCAGACUCUCGUAGACAGAUGUGACAUCAUAGUCGAAGACGGAGAGGGCGUCAGAAGCCGAUUCAUCGCUCGUGUUGUGUUUCGGAAUGGUCUUACAUCCACCCAUCGUCUACCUUUCGAGGUCGUUGUACCCGUCCACGCAAAGUUUAGUAGACAGGACGCUCCGCAGCAUUGGACAAUAUCAUCGCGGACUCUUCGUCAACUCAUGGAUCACUUUGGACCCGGCAUCGAGUACUUAGACAUUAACACCGACGGUGAUCAUGUGAACUUCACCUGUUUCAGCGAAAAGACAGUUAGUCAGGAUGCUGUCUUAAAAAAACCGUUGCAGACCUCUAUUGCCGUCGAAGCGGAUGAGUUUGACGAUAUUGACGUUGAAGAUAAGCUGCACAUCGUCAUUUCUGUCAAAGACUUCCGCGCCAUCAUCCAACACGCAGGAAUUACUGGAAAUGCCAUCACUGCGAGAUAUUCACUCCCAGCAAAACCUAUUCAACUAUCAUAUUCUGGAGACGCCCUGGCCUGCGAAUUUCUGGUCAUGACCGUUGGGGAGCGUGGCAGCAAUCCUGCCCAAAAGACGAAAAAGGGUCGCAAGGGAGCAACAGCUGGUGCAGGUCCACACUUGGAAGCCGCUUCUUGCAGGACAAGUGUUGCCCCAAAUGAGACCGUCUCAAAUUUGCAACCUCACACGACGUCGCAAUCUAUUUACCCAAGUGCAAAAUCGGCCGUACCCAACCCAACGCCUCAUCGUAGUGCUGCUAGAGCCAGCGCGUCACGAAUCGGUGCCUUUGACCUACGGCCCUCUCAGAAACCCCCUGCCCCUACCAUCCGCUCAGAAAGCUUGUUCGUCGACGACGACGGGUGGGAACCUGUGAGAGACGAGGAAGAGGAUGUCGAACAGAAUACCAGGCUGGAAUGGGACCAUAGUGCUGACCCGAACCCAUCCGCGAUGCAGCUGAGUCGCAUCGAAGAGCGGCAUGCAGCCAGCUUAGGACGUCAGCAAGCGGCAGAUGCCAACGCAGCCGCAGAAUCAACAUAUUUGGAACCUACACAAAAGCUAUCGGAUGUCAAAGGCCUGGCCUUAUUUCCUGACUAG